AUGCCAUUUCAACGCCGAGUUUCUCGCUGCCUCGCUCGCGUCGUUCCAUCGCUUGUGGUCUUGUAUGUUCUGUUUUCCGAGCCAAGUCAAGUCCCUCCAGAGUCGUUGUCUUCAGAUUGGACGAAUCUUGUGGUGGAAACAAAAUCUCUCAGUGGUUCUCUCACUGCGGUCGUCCCAAUCACUCGUUUCUCGCUCUCUGCCUUCGAAGACACACUGGCAACUCUUAUACGCCCCUCAGCAUGUAUCACCAAAGUGCUUGUAACUUGUCCAGAGCCAUUGCUCUCCCAAACUCGACGUGCCAUCCAACAUGCCGUUCGCGCAGUCAACACAGGCCUUCAACCUGACAUUACCCUUCACCCUUCAGCUCCCAAUGGCGAGACCGUUUCCGAGAUCGUCAAAGCAAUAUCAACGCUAGUAGCAACUGAGAAAGUCCUUGUUCUCGAUGAAACUGGUUUUGAUGGUCUUAGCGAGCGUACCAAAGACUUGCUACUCUGUCCAGCAGCAACCCAUAUUCCUAUCGGCCCUCGAGGUGUCAUUUCGAUCAAUCAUACCUGUGUUGUUCCCUCAUCUCAGCUUCAACCAGCCACUUAUCUUCUUCCGCCUUUUACGAUUUCGACUUCUCUGGUGAAAGAGCCAAUGGCAAGUUGGGCAGCGAUGGGCGUGGCUGUGUCGCGAAGUCUUAAUCGAAACAUGGGCGGGGUUGUACGCAGCUUUGGAGAUCAAGACGCCAAUUAUUGUGGUCGACAGUUCACUUACCUUGAUCGUGGCAAUCCGCCCUCAUAUGUGCAUGAAACAACAGUGGAUCCUGGUCUUUUUUUUUUCUUAUUGCCGAAUUACGAGGCUCUACAGCUUAUUCUCCCCACCAUCAUCUGCCCCUUGCAUAGAGCCGGGCAUACAGUGAGGGUGUUGGUGCACUCUAACGACCGAAUAUGGGGGCCAGCUAGCUGUACUGUUCGAGUUGAAUUUCUUGGCAAACAAAACGACGCACCGUUGAUGCUUCAAAUGACCUACCUAAACUUGAUUCUUUGCAAGACGGUACAACUCUGGUCCGCCUCCCUCAAGAAGAUCUGCAAUAUGCUCAAUGGAUGGGUGCAAUGUCUUUGCGGGAAUGGCUACGUAUAUGUCUCCGUUGGUAUAGAACAUUUGCUUGACCUCAACGCAGAUUGGAAUACCCCUCGUAUCGAGCUCAGUGUCAUCACGCAAGACAGACCGCGAUCCCUUCGGCGGUUGCUCUCUUCCUUGACACGUGCACGUUUUCUGGGCGACUCCGUUAACAUUCGACUCAAUAUGGAGCAAAGCUCCGACACUGAGACCAUCCAGAUUGUUCGCGACUUUACUUGGCGACAUGGGACUGUCUUCACUCAUCGUCGUGUCGUCCAUGGCGGUUUGAUACCGGCAGUUGUAGAAUCUUGGUAUCCGCAUUCCAACCACGAAUACGGUGUGCUUCUUGAGGACGAUGUUGAACUGUCUCCCCUUUUUUACAUUUGGAUCAAGAUGGCAAUUUUGCGUUAUCGGUACGGAGAGGGUCACGACAGAAGCAAAGACAUGUUUGGAAUCAGCCUGUACCACCAGAAGAACACCGAGUUGCAUCCAGAUGGGCGCAAACCAUUCAACCCGCGCAGUUUAUUUGAGGCAAACCAUAUACAGAAUCCCUCCACCCCAUAUCUGUCGCAGGUGCCCUGUAGUUGGGGAGCAGUGUACUUCCCCGAGCAUUGGCGAGAGUUUCAUGACUAUCUGGCAAAUCGACUCUCGGAGCACCAGCUGGGAAUUGACAAGGUGGUGGUUCCCAAUGUCCGUUCAAAUAACUGGAGUCGGUCAUGGAAGAAGUACUUCAUUGAGCUGGUUUAUCUCCGCAGCUAUGUGAUGCUCUAUCCUAACUAUGCGGACUUUGGGUCGUUUUCGACGAAUCAUGUCGAGGUUGGUUCGCACGUGAAGAAUCGGCCAAAGGAAAAACAGGACGCAUUCAGGGUGCCAUUGCUUGAGUUGGAAGAGUCUUGGAGACUUGUGGAGGAGUUGCCUGGAAAGACGCUGCCGCCCUGGGACAAACUGCCUGUAGUAAACUUGACUGGUUUUCUGAGUUAG